CACCCACUGCAGUCCUGGGACUGGAGGGCUCUUGCUCCCUGUCGAGGCCUCAGGGGCACCAUGGACCAAGGCAACACGACUCUCCCACCAACCACUGGGACGAAUUCCAGCCAGACCCCACCAUCUGUGAGCGCCGCUCUCCUGGUCUCUGCAGUGUUGCUCUUCCCCACAUUCCUGGUGGGUGUGGUGGGGAACGGGUUGUACCUGUGGGUGCUGGGACUGAAGAUGAGAAGGACGGUGACCACGCUCUGGUUCCUCUCCCUGGUCUCCUCUUACCUCCUCCUCACCCUGCUGAUCCCCUUCUUCAUUGUAUCCCUCCUCAUGGGUUUACACUGGGUCUUCGGCAUGGCCAUGUGCAAGCUUCUCAACACCUGCAUCUCUGUGGGCAUGUUCACCUCCGUCUUCCUUCUCACCCUCAUCAGCUUGGACCGCUACAUCCUCACUCAUCAUCCCAUCUGGUCCCGGAAUCACCGUACUGUGCCCCGUGCUGGGAAGCUGGUUGUGGGUGUGUGGCUGGCCUCCUUCUGUCUCAGCACUCCCUACCUGGCUUUCCGGGAGACCCAGGUUGUGGAUGGAGACAGGAUCAUCUGCAUCAAUAAUUACACCCUCUCCAGAGACUGGAAUGGAGCCGAGAUGGAGGACCUGGGCAGACGGGUCCACCUGACCAUCUUCAUGGUCCGGUUCCUGCUGGGCUUCCUGCUGCCCUUCUGCACCAUUGCGGGAUGCUAUGUCUGCAUUGGGCUGAAGAUGAAGGAGAAGAAGCUGGCGUGGGUGGGGAAGCCCUUCAAAGUCAUGGUGACCGCGGUGGUUUCCUUCUUCCUUGGCUGGCUGCCCUACCACCUCUACCACGGCUUGAAGCUCUACAAGAAGGAGGUGCCAGAGUCGGUGAUGGGUGCCCUCUUUGUCAUUUAUAUCUUCACAUCCUGUUUCAAUGCCUGCUUCACCCCCAUCCUCUACCUGUUUGUGGGGGAGAAGUUCUGGCAGGUCUUCAGGACGUCUCUUCUCACUCUGGUCAAAGCGGCUUUUGUCGAUGAUCUCGGAAGCAGUGCCCCUGAGUAUAGUGGAAGACAAGAGAACACAAAACAGGAGAUGGCCUGA